AUGGCUCCCGUCCCGGAGGCCUAUUUCCCGUCCCUGGACAAGUGCUUCUCCGGGGACGUUCAACUUUUGUCUUGGAGAAGAGCAUUCCUUUAUGUCAAUGACCCUGAAUCACACGUCGACGAUGGGGGCAUUAUCACAGCCUUCCUGUCGCAUCCAGAGAGCAUUCAGCUGCUGUCGCGCAGCGUGAGCUCUUUCCCCGAACCUUCCACUCAAUCCAAAACCGAGUUCAAUUCGAAGACAGCCGCGAUCCACGUUGAAACGAAUGCGAAGAAAUCCUUCGAUCUCCAGCAGAUCAAGGCCGAUGCACAAUGGCUCAGUGACAAAGCAAGAAUCGACGAAAUCACCGCCCUGCGUAUCGUCGUCCUCGAAUGGCAGAAUCGCCCUGCGGCUCGCCUGACAACAACGUUCUCUAGCGAAGAGGCUACAAGCUUACAGAGUGCGGCGGGCUCGGAUAAUCUGCGAGUGUCGGUGGCUGGCCCUAACUUGGCGAGCAUCUUGAAGCAGACCGCGGGCGAUGCAGGAUCGUCCACUUUUGACACAGAGGAAAGCAGGCGCUUACGGUUGCGCGCCUUGUAUCUCUCAGAGAGAAUUCACCUCUUGAAGACAUUCCGCAAGCUACUCGCGCUAUCAUACCACACGCCAACCGAACAGGCCCCCCUCAACACACACGAGAAUAACUUGGUCAAGCUCGGAAUCACAAUGUUCCAAGAGAAAUCUACCGGCCAAGGCCUAUACAAGCUUCUCGAAGCAUGCAUUACCACGGUCCAGAAUCGGCUGCAAGACCUGGAGUCAAGUGGCUCCUGGCUUGGAGCGGCGGAAAGCAAUGAAGAAACGGAGGAUAUCUGGAGAACUACCCUCGUAGAGGAAAUCGUUCACAUUCUCCAGAUCAUGUUCCACCAGCUGCGUGCAUCGCAGGCUAUCCCCUGUGGGGCUCUUUUACUGUCAUGGCUCGAACUCAUGAUUGAGUAUGAUUUCUUGGAAAGGCUACAGGUGCCCUGUGAACAACCCACAGAAGUCUUGGUGCCCCUUCAGUCAUUUGUAUCGUUGGUCACCUUGGCGUUCUUAAAAGUUCCAGUGGCCUUCGAUUCAAUUCUCAACAAAAAAGUGCCCGAGACAAUUCCUUCAGGUGAACCGGCCUACUUCCUGUCGAAGGAUACUAUUUCCAAGACCAGUGAAAUCCUGGUGGGCGCUUCCCUCCACCAGCUGAGCACUGUUCACCCUGCCGGCUUUUCUUGGGGCCUGCUUCUCAAUACUAUGCACGAGGUGGCUUUGAACGACAAGAACGCCCGAGAACUCGAACAGUGCAACCAUGCCGUGAACUCUUUCAACGCCAACAGACGUAAUUCUGCGCCUUCCCAGGGAUCAGAGGAUUCCCUGUAUGACACUCUCCUGGACUGUGCUCAAACGCCUCAAUUUGGUAACGCGGAGAAUGCGACAGCGGAGAUGACAUCUGAUAUUGUCAGGGAAUCCGUUUUUAGUUCAAUUGUCGCACUUUCCAUCAAGGCAGGUUCGAUUUCAGCAGUGGAUGACGAGUUGACAGCUCGAUGGAUCCGCUUGGAGCUUCUCGACCUCAUUGAAAUUGCAACGGAAUUCCUGGAUUAUUCACCAGAGAUCAUGGAGUCGGUACUAGGAAUCUUAACAGGCACCUCAGAUGGCCUCUCAUGGCUCUCAACAAAAUCUCUGGGUCCUGAAACCGAUCCAAAGAUCGCCUUUGUCAACAAUGUCAGACUGAUGGAUAAGAUUUUCCACAUCGCGCGAUCUCGGUUCCCCUACGAAACCGUUCCUUUCCUGAGGCUUUGUCGUGCGCUGGUCAGCGGCCACUCUGUGAAUGAUGAUGGCCUGCCCCGAGUCCUAGAAGAGCUGGAAAACAUGGAGACCUUCACUCAAAUUGUUCCUCCGGCAUUUCAAGGAUAUGAAACCAUUCGCGAGGAUGAAAACGCCAACUAUGUGUCCCUUACCCGGUCCCUUCCGAUGUUUGAAGGCUCCUCGCACAACCAUCUCCUCGAAACCGAGACAAGCAGCGCCUUGGUUGUCAGCGGAUCGUCUGAAAUCCCAGCUUCGACCGUUGGCCAAGUGAUUUCCGAGUCAAGGCCUGCAGUCAUCAUGUGGCAACAUCAAUAUUCAUGCCUGAGCUAUCUCGGAAGCUGGCUUGAGGAAUGGAGUGAAAGUGGUGCGGUCUGCUCGGGCUGGGAUGCCGAGUCUGCUACGGAGAUCAUUGGGCUCCUUGCAGAUCUCGUGGCCAGUGCAAAGGAUGUUCGCACCCAGGAUUCUGCAGGCACGACGGCUAAGCGGAUCCUAGAGAUGGCUAGCGACGGUCUUUCUCGGCAGGGUGACAUCAUUUCCGUUGUUUUGGACAUCUUUGAACGGAACUUGCAAAGUAUCAGCACCCAGGGCGAUGCUGCUAGCACCUUGGAUCCCAUUAUGGCUUGCAUGCGGUUCAUCCAAGAGGCAAUGAAGGUUCUCCCCAGCCGAGUGUGGCCCUUCUUCAGUCGCAGUAGCUUCAUUGGAUCGGAUGGAAAGGGAGGGGUCAUGUCUGGAGUGAUCUCGGCAAUGGAGAUCCCCUCUGGAGAAUAUCCGUUCCUUGUUAGCUGCGUCGACCUGUUCGAAGCAGCUAUAGAAGAUGCAGCAUCUCGUGCAGUUCUGCGAAAGAGCCCCGGCAGCAUUGCUGGAAAGUCAACGAUCGUAUCUGACUGGAGCGCUGGAAUUCCCUCCCAUGUCAUGAGGAGUAUUUUGCUUAACUUCACCCGGAUAAUGGUCGAGAUCUUCAACAGCAACGGUAACUGGAGGUUCAAUUUCCCAGAACAGCGGUUCAAGAUCAACGGCAUGUUGGCCACUUCCUUUGACCGCAUCCUCUACUAUGCCUAUGGAAUCAAUGAUAGCGCCAAGCUCGAAUCCAAAAUUACCGGCAUUUUCUCCGCAUCAGCAGGAUACAUCCUCGAUCUGCUUCGCCCUCGAUCCACCGCCGACCUCCCAUUCAACCCGAUCCUCCGAUUAAUCUCUGACGGUCUCCAAACUCCGCCUACCCUCCAUAUGCGCUAUCUUACCCUGAUUGAAAGCCAGGUCAAUUCCACCUUGAACCUCUGCAUCAAGCUCGUACAGGCAGCGCGACUCUCAGAGCAGCCUGCAUCUCUGUUGGAAGAACAAUUGUUCAAGGCUGCCCCGGUCUUGGUGAAACUGUAUGCAUUACAUGAUGCCUACCGGCUGUCGGUUGUGGGUCUGCUAGAGAUUCUCAUUACCACCGCUGCAUCAAAUCCGGACAGUGAGCCACCGUCGCUUGUCGGUCACCUCGGCGCCGAGUCAUCAUGUCUUUUCCUCGAUGUGCUCUCGCAACUCGACAAGCCGCUUGCCGAUGACGCCUUGUUGCUUUCUGUCUGGCGCCUACUAGCAACUUUUGUGAGCAAGCGCCAACAGUGGCUUGCAGUCUUCAUCCUCACCGGCGCAUCCCCUCGUCAGACCUUGAAGAAAUCUGACAAGGUGGAAGGACCAGCUAUGCGGGGUACCCCCUUCUUGCAGAUGGCCCUCGAUAAGCUUGCCAACAUUGACAAGGAAGAACCUCAAGUCGCAUUGGCUUUGCUGGACAUCGUAAACUAUGUUUCGAAGCUGAAGAUCUCAUCCUUGUCCGUUACAGACCAGAUCUAUGCCACCCGGAUUGCCGCUGUCGUUGCAGACAUCUCUGCAGUCUAUCUCCACUCGGCCAAGGAAGCAAGGGACUGGAGCUUCGUCAAGACUCUUAUUCCCCUCGUGCAGUGGUACGCUAAAGAUGCCGUGGAUGUUUCUGCUUACAACUACUCCUUGCAUACCAACUUGAAGAAGAAUUUCGAGAGCCGAUAUACUGGCUGCAAGAUGAUCGACUUUAAGCGGACCCCACUCGUCAGUCGCAGCUUGGGAAGUGAUUACUAUUACGACCUUGGCAUGGGCCAAAAGUUGCUGUCUUUCGACUUUGCCUGGACUGGAGGAAGUCGAAACCAGGGUUUCUCCGAGGAGUUUGCGCGUGCCAACAUCAACUUGUCGCUGGUUGAAGCACAGGUGUCUCUUCUAAAUAGCUGGAAGUUCUUUGCCAUCGAGCACUGUGCGGAUUUCAUGCCGGAUCGGGAAAUCCAAAAAUCCAUGGCAAUCGUGGCGCAGAAUUGUCUCGAAGCCAACACCCGCAGCGUGCCCCCGGAGGCUAUCUUUGAGCGAAUUCAACAAGUUCGGGUUGACUUCGCCCAGGCUCUGCUUCAGCGCCUUGUGGAAGUGGAGUCCCAUGGCGCUGAAGUAUUCCGGCUGCUCGACGUUGUGUUUAGGACACUGCGUGCCCGGCAUCGGACCUACGAAGAAGCACUUAUCAGUGACGACACCGAGUACUACCGGUCUCUCCUCAAUGUGCUCUUCCUGGCUCUCCAGUUCCAUUUGCCAGGGCCCAACCGCGCCAGCCCGGAGGCCCUCAACAAGCAACCAAGCGUCUCGUCCGACUUGAGUGUGGUGGUUGAUAUCGUCAAGACCGUUGUAGCGCAGGGAUUCAAGUCUCUUACUACGUAUCUGCACGAGCAGCCUGAGAAGUGCGCGCCGAAGGACUUUGCCAUUAUCAUCGCCAUCCUCCAAACCUGUCUACAAGUCAAGAAUGCGGAUCGGUUGUACGAGCACAUCGCGUUCCAUAUUGCUGAGAAUGACAUUGCUCGUCAUGCCACUACCUUGUUCUCCUGGGCCGACCAGUUGACCGUGGCGGGAGACCCGAUCUAUGGUGACCUCAGCAUCUCGAUCCUUGUCAAGAUGUCCACACUUCCUCUACUGGCUGAGCAUCUUGCCGUGGAGGGCGUUUUGAUGAAAUUGUCAACAUGCCGUCUCACCAACGUCCUUCGGCAACCCAAGGGCUUCGGCCCCUUCGACCCCGUUCCCCGACUGUACACUAUCUGGACCGGUGGUUUCCUCCCUCUGUGCCUGAACCUGCUCUACAAUGUCGUUCGGGCAGCACCGGAAGUUGCCGCCUUCCUCAACCAGUUUGAAGGCCAGCUUAACCGGGCAUCAGAGUGCUUCUCCACACCUCAUGCCACGGCGGUGACCCCGAGUCCGGCAGCACAAUGGAUCAGCCUGAGCAUGGCCUCCGAGGCAUACUCGCUUGCCUUGAUCUCGUUCAUCCUCGCUCGCUUCCGCGAAGCAGGUGCCAGUGCCGGACUGGACGCGCAGUCCAUCCAGGACCUGAAAUGGGAUAAGGCGCAAGUCAAGGAGGACAUUGAGGAGUUGUUGGGUCGUCGUCCUGCGCUGCGGGCUCGUAUUGUCGCUACGAACGAGAAGGAGGUGGAAUGGUCGCGACAGAAGCCGGCUGACUCGGGAUCUGGAGCCGAGAACCGGCUGGAAGAGAAGGUUGUGAGCGAGCUCCGGGCCGCGGUGGCUUGUCUUGGGGGUGAGGAGGAGUCAUGA